UUACAGGUCUUUUUUACCUUUGAAGUAUCAUACAUCAUUAGUAUCAGUGCUCUCAAAGCCUCUACACUCUUUUUCUACCUUCGCGUUUUCAGAUUAGUGAACCAAACCUUCACAACAGCGCUUUGGUUCACUCAGGCCUUGAACAUCAUCGUUUAUGUGGCUUUUGCAGUGACCAAGCUUAAUCGGUGCAAGCCCUUUAGUUACUCUUGGGACGGGUGGGAUGGUAGACAUUCGGGUCGAUUCAUUAACCUACGCCCCUUGCUAAUAAUGCACGCAGCUCUGAAUUUAGCAAUGAACUUGUGGAUGCUUGCUUUGCCAAUGAUCCAGGUUUUGUGGCUAAAUUUGAGGAAAAGACAAAAGCUUGAGGUUUUGUUCAUGUUUGGACUUGGAGUUUUGUAA